CACACCAGUCACCACACCCUCUUAAAAACCUUCAACUGCCAUCUAAUCCCUGUCUUCAAUACACACACAUCUCUUUCUCUUUAUUACAACCCACCCAAUUCCAAACCCAUGUUGAGUUCUGUGACCAUUUCUUCAAAUCCAUAAUGGUAAUGGUCUCAACAAAAAUGUCCAAAUUCAGUUCCUCUCUUUCAUUCUUCUUGCUCCUACUAACAAUUCUUUCAUUUUCCACUCCAAAAUCAAAUGCUAUUUCCAGUAUCGACUCAUUGCAGAGUGAGUGCUUAACUGUGCCUGCAUCAGAGUUUGUAGGCUCAUUGAGGGAUACUAUUGACACUAUCCAAAAAGUGACCUCUGUUGUCUCCAAUGUUGGCAAUUUUCUUGGUAACUUCAGGCUCACUAAUGCAAUAAACGACUGUCUCGAUCUGCUUGAUUUCUCUGCUGAUGUUUUGGACUGGUCUCUCUCUGCUUCCAAACCUAACACAAAAGGCAAAGAUAACAGCACAGGCGAUUUGGGUUCUGAUCUAAAGACCUGGAUAAGUGCUGCACUGGCAAACCAAGAGACAUGCAUUGAUGGGUUUGAAGGUACAAACAGCAAUGUCAAGACUCUGGUUGCAGGUAGUUUGGGUCAAAUUACUUCACUGGUUCAAGACCUACUAACAAUGGUCCAUACACCUCCCAAACCCAACUCCAUUGGCAGAGCCAAAACAGAGCACAAGUUCCCUUCAUGGUUCAAAUAUCAAGACCAGAAACUGUUGCAAGUGAAAGGCAACAUAACAGCUGAUGCAAUAGUAGCUAAAGAUGGUACUGGAAAUUACACUAAAAUAGAGGACGCCAUAGCAGCUGCUCCAGACAACAGCUUGAGAAGAUUUGUGAUAUAUGUUAAGAGGGGUGUGUAUAAAGAAUAUGUGGAGAUCAAGAAGAAUAAGUGGAAUGUUGUGAUGAUUGGAGAUGGCAUGGAUGUUACAGUCAUAACCGGCAACCGUAGCGUUAUUGAUAAUUACACAACAUUUCGUUCAGCAACAUUUGCUGUGAGCGGGAGAGGAUUUAUAGCACGAGACAUUACAUUCGAGAACACUGCAGGACCCCAAAAGCACCAAGCCGUGGCGCUCCGAUCAGACUCCGAUCUCUCCGUCUUCUAUAGAUGUGCAAUUAAGGGCUAUCAAGACACUCUCUAUACACACACAAUGCGGCAAUUUUACAGAGAAUGUCGCAUAUUUGGCACGGUCGACUUCAUCUUUGGCGAUGCCACUGCUGUUUUCCAGAACUGCCAAAUACUGGCCAAAACAGGCUUGCCUAACCAAAAAAAUACCAUCACAGCCCAUGGACGCAAAGACCCGAAUGAGCCCACUGGGUUCUCCUUUCAGUUUUGUAACUUCACUGGUGAUUCGGACCUCUUACCUUUCAAGAACUCGACAGAGACUUAUCUGGGUAGGCCAUGGAAGUUGUAUUCAAGGACUGUUAUAUUACAGUCUUACAUGAGUGAUGUUAUAAGGCCGAGAGGGUGGCUUGAGUGGAAUGAGACCUUUGCCUUGGACACUUUGUACUACGGUGAGUUCGGGAAUUAUGGGCCUGGAUCUGGGCCUGGUAGACGGGUCAAUUGGCCGGGCUACCAUGCGUUUAAUGACUCGGCCCAGGCUAGUAACUAUACAGUGACCCAGUUUAUUAAGGGGAACUUAUGGUUGCCCUCAACAGGGGUUACAUACACAGCGGGAUUGACAGUGUAAGCAUAAGAUGAAAAUUCUCAUACUACUUUUCUUAGUUGCGGAAGCCAAUGUGGUGGGGUUUUUUUUGAGUUACUAGUUCUUUUUUUUAAAUAUAAAUACUUAAAUUUGUUGAUUAUUCAAUUUUUUGUUUUAAAAAAAAUUGUUUAAUGAUCAAAGUGAGUAUUAUUAUUAG